GCAGAGAGCCGCGCGCCGCGGUACGGAACACUCCGAGAGACAGGUUCUCGUCGCGCGGCGGCCGCAGUAGCGUCCUACGGUUUGCGCAAGAACGACCACAUCCGCACGUUCCACGUCUCGCCAUGGUACUCGCCACUUCGAUCAUAUCCGUCUGAAUAGAUUUUUAUCGCGAUCGCGAAAUCGUCCGACUUUCCUCGGACCCGAAAACCACCACUCGCGCGCGCGAGAGAUCGACUCGAUUGAUCAAUUCCUCGAUUCUGGAGCAGAAACGAUAUGUGAUCGCGAAGCGCUCGAUGGAUGGUGCAUCGGGAACAUGCACCCUUGGAAAGAUGAGCACGACACUCGAUAGGCAAAAGGGCGCGAAGAAAGGGUCGUUCGCUAACGAUAUCCCUAGGUGUCUUCUGUCUUGAGAAAAAUAGACACGAUUGAGACGGUGAUUGAGGUGAUCGAUACAUUCGAGCGCGAUAGAAUGAUGUGACGAUCGUGUUGGUGCGCAUCUAAUUCCCUCUUUCGGAAUCCCGGAACGUCCCUAGAAAAGGGACGAGCCUCUCUCUUUACGCGAAGUCGCGAAGGAACGUUGAAAAUUCGUUCGCUAUCUCCGCGUUAAUUAUACGAGAGUUUUCGUGUUAAUUAAAGUACGAAACUGUACGCGAAGGAAAUUGCUUCUAAUCGUUGUGUCGGUAUUCUUACAUUAGUUUCUUUUUAUUAUCUGCGUUAAAUAUUUUUAAUGAAUAAGUUUGUUAUUUAAAUCGAUGCGUUGCAAGAUUUAAAGAUACUCCAAAUCAGAUUUGUUUUCGCGUUAAAUACUUUUCAAUAAUUCGUUCUUUUAUUUCCACCUGUGAUUACAUUUAUUCCUACGUUAAUUCGUUUAUCGAUUAUCUUAUCUGCGACCAAAAGGAAUCUAAUUUUUUACACAAUUAUUCAAACACUUUAAUUAAUCGAUACUUUCGACUAGAUUUUUCAUCAGCCGACAUUGAUAUAACUAUUACAUAUCAUUCUAUUAAAUUUGAUAUUUUCCGAAUUAUUGAGUUUUUAGACAUUUUAACGCAGCUGUCAUUCUCGCGACUUAAAACGCGCAUUUUAAGUUCAAGACCAGGAGAGACCUAUCGAAAGCUCCACGUAUGACAGUAGCGAAAAUAAGGAAAUUGCAUCGAUCAUAUAAGUUUGCGUCACUGAAUGUGUUUCGCGAGGACAAUUUCGAAAGUGAAGUAAUCGGUCGGACUCGAAUGUGAUUUGUUACGAGGUAAAAAUAUACCAGUGAAAGAGCUACGUGACGUGCGUUGCACUCGACACGUACGCAGUAUACAAAUAACAACAACAACAACAACAAGAACGACGACAACAACAAUAAAUAAAAGCGACGACAAAUCGGAGUAGUAACAAAGACUGCGAGAUAAAGGCAAAUGAAGUCUUAAAUAAACUUCAACUACGUUGUUCGCUCUCCUGCGAGAGAAAAGACUACGGGAUAAAAGUGAGAUAAUAUAUACGAACUCCUAGGUGCGGGAUUAAUCGUCGCUUUGUUGAAUUAUUAACUGUGAAUAAGAGAGCCUGGUUUCCCGUAUAUGUGCGCAGACAUGUGUGAUUCGCGAUUAUCAUACGCGACACGGAGUACGAGCGCUUUGCGACGAGCUCGGACAAGUCAACGCGGGAUUUAAGCGUCGCUAAUUAUCCUUGGAGAACCGCCGUAUAACUGUAACGCUAAUUAAUCGGCGCGACCCGACCCUUCUCUCUCACCUCUGUGCUGGAUUCUCUGUGAAUUUCACGCUUCGGCUGUCGCGAGUUUACAAGCGAAAAUAAUGAAGUGGUUCUGGAUAAUCGUUUUGGUGGCUCUGGCCCUGCCAGCUGCCGUGCCACGAAAAAUUCACAGAAGCAAGCCCACGCCACGAUUGUACGGCGACCGUGUCCCCGUUGAGUUAAUAAAAACCACCAACAGCAAGGUGCGGCAGAAAAUCGUCGAGACACACAAUUAUUUUCGCACGCAGGUCGAGCCAACUGCAGCCAACAUGCUUGUCAUGAAAUGGCAUUCGGGCUUGGCGAAGUCGGCGCAGAGAUGGGCCGAUCAUUGCCUAGGUUUGGUGCACGACAACGCGACCGGCCUGUACCUGGAUGGCUAUGGCCAGAGCGGACAAAACAUUUUCAUCAGCACCGGUCGUACACUCUGGAACUUCCCCAUUAGAAUGUGGUACAUGGAGUACAAGGACUUCAAGUACGGGCCGAAUACGACGAACGAGCUCCUCGAGAUCGGUCAUUACACGCAAGUGGUAUGGGCGACGACGCAUCUGGUCGGAUGCGGAGUGAGCCACUGCACUGGCGGGACGGGUCCGCUCGGCAAGGACUUCUACAUGUACGUCUGCAAUUACGCUCCGAGCGGAAACAAGAGAGGUGGUCUCGGACUGCCCUACGUGGCCGGCGAGCCGUGCAGCAUGUGCAAAGACCACUGCACGCGAGGCAAGCUCUGCACGAACGCCUGUAACCACGUCGACCUGUGGACGAACUGCGCCGAGCUGGUCAGGACGUUCAGCUCGUGGGUGUGCGAUACGGACACCAAGGAGGGCCGUGAACGCCGGAAUUUCUGCGGCGCCACGUGCAACUGCAAGGACAAGAUCUACUAUCGUCGCGGGUAGAGAGUCCCCGUCGUGCGGGUCCACGUCGCGCGCGUUGCAUGAAUAAUUGAUGAUCGCAAAACUAAGACCCGUGGUGGUGAUGGUGGUGGUGUGCGACGACGGCUAAACGGCGGCGGAUCGUUUGACGUGGGAGGGAGGAUCAUCGCGUUGUUUUAUUGAUGAGCUCGUUUGUUUAGUGAUGAGAACGUGAAGGAAACGUUUCGGGUUCUCUCCGUCGGGAGCGGGCGGGAUAAUAUGGAAAUAGAUGGUAGAGAGGAUGAAGUGAUUGAGGAAUUCGCCGAGCGCGCUCUCCGAAUCUCUGGCAUCCGGAUUUUACUCUCUGGAGGAGGGCGAAUCGCACGGAUCGAUAGAUUCUACGCCGCGCUAACGAUGGAUCUUUCGAGUCUACGCAGAUUCCAGAGAUCUCGAGAAUACAUAAGUCUUGUUGCGUACGAUCUUUGAAUUCUAGCAUUUCACCGUCCUCGAGUGCGCGGGAUCUCCAUCGAGACUUGACGAGUUACCGGUGAAAAAAUCGCUUCCGUUUAUCUUUUAGGCUUUCCAGCAGGUUUAUCGUGUAACGCGAAAUCAGUUUUUGCAAGGAUUGUCUCACAGUUGCAUGUAUAAGAUUUUUAGUGUGCUAAAAUAUUAUUUUUAACUUUAUAUAUAUAUAACAUUUUAUUCGUUCACGUGGACGUUUGCUCUUUAGAUUUGGUUCGGUAGAAAAAAGAUCGAAGAAGCUUGAAUGAUUCGAGAAACAAAUCGAUUUUGUAUCGAGGUACGUAUCAUCUUAACAUUAAUAUAAAAAUGUAAGAAAAUUAUUGGAGCUUUUUUACACCUACAUAUUGUAUACAUACGCGCCUUCAACAAUACAUUCAAAAAGGGAAAUAAUUUCGUAAUUAAUUUGUUCGCCGGAAGACAAACUUUCAAGGGAUUAAAUUAAAAAUUUUUUAUACACUCCUAUGCGUUCCAUCCAAGAGCAGCUCAGUAAUUCGUUUGCUCUUUAUAAGAAUGAAGAAUUUUUAAUUACGUUACAUGAGAAAAGAUGACUCCAAAAUAGCUUUUAAAAAUAUAUAUAUAUACAUACAUACAUAUAAAUAAUUCCUGC